AUGACAAAGAGAGAUUUGACCUCGGCCGCUAACGGCACCCGGCCCUCCGCCAUCAAUCUCAUAUGGGAACAGCUUCCGCUCGUCAUAGACAACACCGAGUUGUCCAUAUCUACCGUCCGCCGCAGCGGCGCCGGCGACCCCGUCCUCUUCCUCCACGGCUUCGGCAGCACCAAGGAAGACUACACCGACGUCGUCCUCUACGACGCCAUGGCAGGCCAUCCCAUCAUCGCCUACGACGCCCCAGGGAGCGGCGCCUCCACCGUCUCCGACUACUCGGCCAUCUGCAUGCCGUUCCUCGUCGCCGUCGCGGAGGCCGUGCUCGAGGCCCACGGCGUCUCGAGCUUCCACCUCGUCGGCCACUCCAUGGGCGGCCUGACGGGCCUGCUGCUCGCGCGGCGCAACCCGGGCGCCGUGCGGAGCUUCGUCAACAUCAAGGGGAACCUCGCCCCCGAGGACUGCUUCCUCAGCAGGCAGAUCCUCGACUUCCCGGCCGAUGAGGGGCCCGACGCCUUCGUCGCCGCCUUCGUCGAGCGGACGCGCCGGUCGCCGGACUACGGGAACGGCGUCUACGCGGCGGCGUUCCGGGCCAAGGUGCGGCCUGGCGCGGUGAAGCCGACGUUCGAGUCCAUGGUCGACUACACGGACAACGGGGGCCUGCUGGAGAGCUUCGAGUCGCUUUCCUGCCCGAGGAUGUUCAUGUUCGGCGUGUCGUACAACGGGCUUAGCUACUUGCCGCGGAUCGCGGAGGCCGGCGUCCAGCUGGCGGAGAUCCCGGAGAGCGGUCACUUCGUCAUGUACUCGAACCCCAUGGCGAUGUGGCGGCGCAUUGGCAUGUUUUUGGCCGAGGUUGUAAAGGAAUAG